GGGAGGGCGUUAGCGCGAGCCAAUGGGUCUGGGCGGGCUGUGAGCGGAGCUGAGCGCGAGGCUGCGGGGAAGGGAUGGCCCGUGGCGGCGCGAGGCGGCACCGCGGGACUGGUGCACCACGCGCUGGCUGCCGGGGGGCGAUGAGAACUCGCGAUUUCCUCCCCCGCCCCGCUGGCAGCUGCCGCCUCCCCGUCUCCCAGGGCUGCUGAGGCUCGGGCACGGCGCCUGCCUGUCAGAGGGGCUCGCGCUGCCCUCGCGUUCUGCCGGGGCUCGGCCGCGGCUGCCUGGCCCACGAGCCUGCCCGGGAGGCUGAGCACAGCCCUUGCCGCGCGAAGGGGGCUGGCGCUGCCCGGGCGUUAGCCGCUGCUCACUCCCUCGCCGGCUGCUUGCUGCAUGCUCACCCCGCUCCAGUGAGAGCCGCGGCGGGGCGGCUUCUCUCCCCUCCCUCCUUCCCCGCUGACUGGAGGUGGGAGGGAGAGAAGAGACCCAGAGAGGAAGGAGCCGGGUGUGCGGAGCGGAGCCAUGCGAGAAUACAAAGUGGUGGUGCUGGGCUCGGGCGGGGUGGGCAAAUCCGCCCUCACCGUGCAGUUCGUGACCGGCUCCUUCAUCGAGAAGUAUGACCCCACCAUCGAGGAUUUCUACCGCAAGGAGAUCGAGGUGGAUUCCUCCCCCUCGGUGCUGGAGAUCCUGGACACCGCCGGCACCGAGCAGUUCGCCUCCAUGCGGGACCUCUACAUCAAGAACGGGCAAGGUUUCAUCCUGGUCUACAGCCUGGUCAACCAGCAGAGCUUCCAGGACAUCAAGCCCAUGCGGGAUCAGAUCAUCCGGGUGAAGAGGUACGAGAAGGUGCCCAUGAUCCUGGUGGGCAACAAGGUGGACCUGGAGGGCGAGAGGGAGGUCUCGUAUGGGGAAGGCAAAGCUCUGGCCGAGGAGUGGAGCUGCCCCUUCAUGGAAACUUCAGCCAAAAACAAAGCUUCAGUGGACGAACUGUUUGCAGAGAUUGUCAGGCAGAUGAACUACGCUUCCCAGCCCAACGGGGACGAUCAGUGCUGCUCGUCCUGCGUGAUCCUCUGAAAGGGCGUGGGGGGCAAUGUUGUCGUUCGCGAAGGUUUACAACAAAAAGAAGCAGCAAUGUGAUCGCUCGAAACAAAGAUUGGAAACAACUUUGCAUACACAAGGAUUCCAGGCUGCAGCAGCAGCUGCUGCAGUGAUCAGUGUCAUGGGGUGGGGGUAUUGUUGGAAACGUGGCUUUUUCAGCAUGUACAUUUCAUCGAUUUUGAUUGUUGCAUAUUUCCCGUAAGUACCAUUUACAGAUUGCUGUAUUGGCAACUGACGCACCAGUAAGAAAAGUUUCGGCCUGGAGAAAGGGGAGCUUGUGAGCAAUCGUUUUCUAACUGGAAGAGUUAAAUUACACUUAAGGAACUGAGGGGAGCAGUAAACGAAGAAACCAUUGCAGAGAGGGGGGAGAGAAAUCUUUCCGUGGACGUGUGGGGGUAAAACUAAGAUUAGUGCUCUCUCGUCUUUAGCCAACCUUGAAUGCACCCUGUGACUAUGAUAUUGAUUCUGAGGAUUUCUAUGCAAAGUUGGAUUAUUGUUACAGUGUAUCCAAUCUGAAGUAUUGCACAUCUGAACUGGGACUUUUAAUAACACUGAUGCCAAUACAGUGUGGGGUGCCAGAACGUGUCUGCUGAUCAUUUGUGAAACUUUCUAUUUUGUUUACCUGCUGUAUCGGAUGGGAGUUUGGGGGAGAGCGGUAGUAUUUUUUUUUUUUUUAAAUCAGCUGUGAAAAUGUUACAAAUCUGCACAAUAUUUUUUUAGUUGUGUUUUCUUCUUUUCUUCGGGGGGAGGGAGGUUUGUGGUGGUGGUUUGUUUUCCUUAUUUUUGGGUUGGCAAUAACUGAUUUUGAUUAGCUCUCUAAAGUACAAAGACUUCCUAAAAUGUGAUACAGGGCCAACAGCAACCCUGUGUCUGUAGAGUGCCUUCAAAACUCAGCUGUUCCAGCCGGUGCCAACCUGUGAAAGCUCCACAGAAUCCCAUUAUCUACUACUCCAGAAACUACUUAACAGCUUCCUUUCAGUAAUCACACUGAACAAGCCAGGACAAAAAGGCCUAUUGUUUAGUGGAAUUUAUUUCUUAUUUCCAUUUCAGCCUUUUAAAUGUCAUUUCCAUGUCUUGCAAAUUUGGACUGCAUUUAAUUCAAAUUUACAGGCAUUUAGUUUUUUGGGAGGAUUUCUUUUGUUUUGGUUCUAUGAUGUAGGAUGUACCUCCAGCCAGCAAAGAGAAAAAUCUUAAUGUUGUGAUGUACCAAGAAAAUUCUAACAACUGUAACUUUAAUUCCAGACAUGCGUUUAAUGUCUAUCCGUUUUAAGAAUUUUAAUACAAAUGUUUUGUUUUUUUAAAAAAAGAACAGCAAAACUGUGUUUUUUUUAUUUUAAUGUAUUGUAAGGAGAACUGACUUUAAUAUGCAAUCAUGGCAGACAUAUGCUUUUUAAUCAUGAUAUUUGUCUAACCAAAAUAACAGUAUGUUAAGAAUGGGGGAAGGUAACCUAAAAUCAUGAGGCUAGGGAUCGUUUCUAUUGUAUCUACUGGUAAUGUUGGAAACAGUUGAAUAAUUAUAUUUAGGCCCUGAUGCUACAUGAAGCUGUACGUGGGCAGAAUCCUACACUUAUAUAAAUGCUUGUUGAAGUCAUUUGGGCUCUAUGCAGAUCAGCUUGCAGGAUUAGGAUCUUAUUUUGUAAUUUUAAUAAUAACAUGGUUUAUCGGAGUAUAGGUGUUGAGGGUCAGCUGUUCAUAAACUGCAAGACUUUACUAAUUUACUGAAAAAGAUACAGCUUUUAAAAUUAUGCAUUAAUACUGUGAUUCCUUAACAUUUCAAAUGUAACUUGCAAAGGAGGGAAAGAUGGGCUUGUGCCUAUUUCUUCCCACACCCUCUUGAAUUUUUUUUUUUUUUUUAAAUAAGAAGGCCUGAAAGGCAUUUAUUUCCCCCCAAAUUCCCAAAUGUGUGGGGGGUUUUUUGUUUUAAACUCAUGAUUUGUCUGUCCAGGAAGACUUAUGGGAACUAAUGAAAUUAUGACAUCACAAGAAACCAAAAGCUGAGCAAUUGAGGAAGUUGGGACUUUUAGUCAAACUGAUUAACACUUAGGGUGCCUAAUUCUUCUCACUCCUAAUUUAAACCUUGAUCGUGAAUUCACUGUAUCCAAUAGCAAAGAUCCCGUUGACAUCUGUUGUGCAGGAUGAGGGCCUUACACAGGUGUGACUUCAUUGAUUUCAAUCAUUGAAGUGACUAUUGUACUUCAGCUGAAAACUGGGCAUUUUGUUUUUCUCUGAUUUAUAGCAUCUAUUUAAUUUCUAAUACCUAGCAAAAAAAACUUGGGAGAAAUGAUGCCUUAAAGAUUAAACAUCCACCUUCAUCUGAGCUCACAAUAUUUCACUUCUCUUAAACCCCCAAGAAGCUUUCCUGCCAAACUAAUAUUUCUACAGUUAAAAUAAGUUUAAAAAACAAACAAAAAAAACCCAGAUGAAGAGAGCUACAAACUCUUCCCCUCCCCACCUGGUGUGUCUUCCUCCCUAUAUCUUCCCCCCCCCCCCCCCCCCCAAGAAAAAAAUCGCCCUAGAUUGAUUUCUUUCAGGUCUUCUUUAUAUAAUACAUCAAAAGGUACAAACUCUUUUUAAAAAGAACAAAACAAAACCUCACUUUUGCAGUUCACCUUUAAUAACUUUUUUUUUUAAAGCUGAAUAAAAAAAUCUGUGUGAGGACUUUAAAAUCUGACGCCAUCCUGAAUAACUGUUUUUUAUUAUUAAUAUAAGCCACAUCUUAACAGGAAUUUUUCUUAAGUACUAAGAUAGGCUUAUUGCAGACAUCUUGCAUUAAAGUUUGAAAGCAUAUGUUAUACAUGUAUCUUGGCCAUUGCUAGUGGUCCAAUCCUGUCUACAUACUACAUGCUUUCACCCAAGUGCUGAGGGCCUCUAUCCCCCAAAACUCACUGACCUCAAUGGUAUUUGGAAGGUUUUUCAGCACCUUAUAGAAGCUGGCCUUGGGUGAUUACUGGGUGAUCUCUGGAUAACUUGUUCAGUAGAGUUAUCUUCAUAAUUGCUGCUUUCAACAUAAUGAAACCUGGCAAAUCUUCUAGUUUUCCCAGCAGAAUAGAAGUUAUUGACAUCUAAAAUUGAAGCUAAAAAAUUUCAAAAUACCUCAUGGCUUCAAAUUGCUUCAUUUUUGAUUGUGUGUGGUCUUUUUUAAAAAAGAAAACCUGACUAAGUAAUGAUGCAAGUCUGUGUGUGUAUAUAUAGCAUACACCAGCUCAACAUAAAUUCCAGUUUUAGCUUUGGCCUAGCAGAACAGGUGAAGGUCUUUUAAUAUAUGUUGCUCCUUGCCAAAGGGGUGUAUGCGUUAAGUAGUAACACAUGGCAUGGGUCUAAUACAAUGAGUACAAAUAUAUACAUAUUCAAAAAUUACAUUUUCCCCUGGUUGGUGAAGACACUACAGAAAGAAGCACUGGGUAGCUAGACCUUUCAGAGAAUCCAAACUGCUGUAUCCUUCACUAAACAUAGGCCUGGUCUAUAUACAAAAACUACUUUAAUUAUACAAGUACACCGCCUCUUUACCUCCCCUCCCACCAGUGUGCAUACAGUUAUCAGUGUCAAGGUGCUUUACACUGUUAUGUCUUAUUUCUCUUCCCUGUGGGAACAAGCUAUACCAGUAAAAUGUACCUUUUAUAUUGUUAUGUACCUGAAUCCACAGUAGGGGUUGUGAAAAUUUAAUUAAUUGGGUAGAAAAAUCAGACCCCAUAUAUCCUAUUGUCAAUAAUGACUGCAUUUUUAAAAACCAUGCCAAAUACCUGAGCAUGUACCUUUACAGGAAAGUAUGUUAUCUUUGAAAUAUCAGUCUCUAUGAUCACUGCAAUUAUGCAGUGUUCUAGAGCUAAGUGCAGCAUUUGUGUUGAAGGUUUACAAUAGGAUAGUCAGACCUUAUAGCUGACCAUAAUUCUACAGCCAUGAAAUCUAAUAUUGCCUACAAAAGUUUUGAGGACUCUGUUCUCAUUAAAAGAAUGUGUGACUGUUUUUUUGCAAAGGACAUUAAGGACAUUUUAACCUCUUGGUUGGUGUCAUUUUGACAGACAUUGCAGGAUAUCUAAUUUCAGCUAUGAGUGGCCAAAAAAAAAAAAAAAAAGUUUUUUUGUUUGUUUUUUCUGUAAGAAAUCUGUGUGACAGUGAAUGCCACUUGUUCUCUUAGGUCCUGCUCUUCUUGAAAUUCAUAGCAAAACUCAAUGAUUUUUAAAUAGGAAAAGGACUUUGGUCCCGAAGUACUUAUGAAUAUAAUGUCAUUUUUUUGACUGCUGUUUGAAGCUCCCCUACUCUGCAGAUUCGAAUAGCAGGAAAUAAAAAAAAAUUAAUACUCCCUCACUACAUCCGCUGAAGCUACUAUUUUGGGUGCUCUGCGCAUGUGAUCACAAGAUCUGGGACUUCUGGUGCAAUCAAUUAUCGUGUGGGCUGUGUACAGUGUUGAAAUACUAUUUAAAGGUAGCUAAACUGUUCAGUAGCUUAUAAAGCCUACCUCCAAAGGUGUCAUUUAUACUAAAUGCCAUCACAAAAAUGUCUUUCCCCAGUAUUACCGUAAUGCAGUGACCCUACAGCAAGCUUUGUGUAGAAAUUCAGUGCUUGUCAAGCUCUCUUAUAGAAAAGGGUUUAUUUUCUUUAUUCACAGCCACAAAGGUAACUACUCAAACCUCUGAGUCCUGGGAAUAGCUCCCUCCCCAAAAGAGAAUCUCAUACCUUACCCACUGUAGCAAAUUCAAAAUCUGGCUUUAUUUCAAAUAAAAAAAACACUGAAGUGAGGAGUAACCAAAAUUUUAGAAAUUGGAGAAGGGGAUUUGGGGUGUGGGUGGUAGCUAGAGAGUAACUCUCCAAUAUUCAGAGUAACAGCCGUGUUAGUCUGUAUCCGCAAAAAGAAGAACAGGAGUACUUGUGGCACCUUAGAGACUAACAAAUUUAUUAGAGCAUAAGCUUUCGUGGACUAUGCAUCCGAAGAAGUGGGCUGUAGUCCACGAAAGCUUAUGCUCUAAUAAAUUUGUUAGUCUCUAAGGUGCCACAAGUACUCCUGUUCUUCUUUCUCCAAUAUUCGUAUUUGAUCAUCCCUUAAGUGCCAUAAGGUUCAUACUUUGUUUCCUAUUUUAUAAAAUAAAUAGAAUGGGUAGAACAGAAUGUUUGGACUGACUUUCUAGCUUUGGACCUGAUUGUGUUCCCAAGAAAGCAAUGGGGAGAAAAUUCCUAUUAAAAAUCAAUGGAAGUGGCAUUGAACACUUUCCCUUGUCCCCGUUUUCAGCUUUACUGGUUCCUUUGUGCAGCCAGUCACUUUCAGGUUGUUAAACACACAAUGAAAUCUGACCCUUCUGAUCAGACAGGUUACAGGGUAACUGUUUACAUGGCGUAGAAUGUGUGGACAGUCAUUUGUUAGACUCACUAGUAGUCUCCUCAGAGGAAGUUAAAAUAUAUACUCAAAUGCACAUCAGAUCCUACUUUUAAGGCAACUGAUGUCAGAGUGUAGUGAUUAGGUAGGUGACACUCUACAAAUAUGCAUCCGAAGAAGUGGGCUGUAGCCCACGAAAGCCUAUGCUCUAAUAAAUUUGUUAGUCUCCAAGGUGCCACAAGUACUCCUGUUCUUUUUGUGAAUACAGACUAACACGGCUGCUACUCUGAAAUCUACAAAUAUGCUUAGCAAGAUUCUGUAAUAGAAGUAUAUUUUAGCGAUAGUACCUAAUUGAAAGAGACUCCUAUUUUAAUAAGAAAAUGUGUAUAUUGUAUAGUGCCUUUGAUCAGAGGAUCUGAAACUGAUUUACUAAUAUUAAGUCUCAAUGCUGGAAACAACUAUUCGAUGGUGUUACCAUUUUUUUUCUAGUGGUGGUUUGGGCAAAGAAUGAAAAAUGGAUAAGAAUCAGUAGCUUUAUUUUACUAAUCCUGACAAGAAAAUAUUUUAAGGCAAUUGGUUUCUAAAAAUGUAGCCUUGGGGUUUUUUAAAAUAACUUUGUCUUUCAAAUUGUAUGUACAAGAAAUCUUUUGUAGAAAGUGUGGUGUUAAUAGAUAUAUGUCCAGGCAGCAGACAAAGUCCAGGUGUGCAUAUACCUCAGUGACUGCCACUUCUGCAACAGAUUUUGCAAGAUCUAGAUUAGACAUACUGAUCACAAUCGUGUUAUUUCACCUUUUUCUGCCUUCUGGAGAUAGUGCACAUUCUGUUCUAGUAUGAUACUGGGUUGAAACAAAAGGAUCAUCUUGUGAGUAUUCAUGUUUGGAAUUGGAUUGCUGGAUGGGAGACUGAUUCUAAAUGAGAUUAAAUGGUUCUUAUCAAGUGACUAUUGCAAAAUAAUGAAAAUGCUUACUUGUUAAUGUUCCCUAUCCCAUCCUUCUCAGUCAUGAAGUGGGUCUAUGUAUCUCAUGAUUUAUUUCUUUAGGUUUCUAACUAUUUCAGCCAAGAUAAAAGUGAGUGGAACUUUAAAAGGUUGAGUAUAUUUUCAUUAAUCUACAAGUCCUAACUGCUCCCUGACACAUCAGUGGCACAGCUACAGGCUGAGCUGUAGGCAUUUAACUACAGCUAGAUGCUUUGUGUUCAAUAGGACUCUAUCAGUAAAUGAAUAAAAUCUUACACCAACAUUUCAAGAGUGGCCACUGGCAGUUUUUGGUACCUGCAAGUGUCUCAAGUUAGGCCAAAAUUGUUGGUCAGUCUUGGAAAUGUAGCUGCUGCUGCUGGCAUUUGAUUUUGGUGUGGUGACACUGGACACAAGAAUUUAGAGAUGUUUAUUACUUAAUUACCUUGAAGUGUGGUCUAGUGGGCUUACUGGGAGAUAAUAAAUAAGACUUAGUGUUUCAUGACCAUUUAAUAAGUAAUCCUGAGGUAGGUAAAGGUUAUUUUCCAGUUGAAACUGGGUAAGCCCAUUAACAUCUUGUUACCUCCAGAGGACUUAGAAAGUCUGGCAGAGAUGGAAAUGAGGGUGGGGCACAGGGAUGAGACACAGAGAGCAAGGGUAUGUUUCAGUAGCUGGGAGCAAGGCAUUCCUGACUUGCACAACUGAAAGGGUAACUGGGCCCCAGGGUGUGUUUCUCCCAGUCAUGUGCCUAACUCUGCUCAGCUGACUUGCCAUAUGAUUCUUGAGAAGUCAUUUGGUUUUCCUCUAUACCUCAGUUUCUUCAACUGUAUAGGAAAAUAAAUUCUGAUUUCAGUGAA